AUGGAACACACGAAACAUGUUAUACACAAUGAUGAUAUCUCUAGGCUUGAGAUUCCGCGCGAUGAGGCCAAAUGUCAAGGCACGAGUUGCAUCAGCAGUGCUAGUGGUUUGAAAGAUGACUCCGCACGAGUUUUAGACCACCGAGCUGAACGGGCUCUCUGUUUCAAACUUGAUAUACGGCUACUUCCUAUACUCGCUGUCAUGUAUCUCUUUAAUGCUCUAGACAAGGGUAACAUUGGGAACGCACAAACCGCCGGGUUAAGCACGGGUAUGCCAAACCUAUCCUCCGCAAGUGUUAAUGAAACAUUCUCACGAGAGACACUAGAUCUAAAUUUUAAACCGGGUCAAUAUAAUUUUCUUCUGUCGAUUUUCUUCGUCCCGUAUGUCAUUUUCGCACCUCCCAUUGCCUUUAUUGGCAAGCGUUACGGUCCUGCUCGAAUUCUACCUGUCCUGAUGCUCGCAUUCGGUUCGUUGACUCUCCUCUCCGCCGCCACCCAUGAUUUUGGUGGUCUAUUCGCACUUCGUUGGUUAUUGGGAAUGGCCGAAGCGGCAUUUUUCCCUCUUGUUAUCUACUAUCUCACUACCUUUUACCGACGUGGUGAAUUGGCUCGCCGCCUAGCCGUCUUCUAUGCAGCGUCCAACAUCGCCAACGCUUUUUCCGGGCUCCUUGCCUUUGGUGUAUUUCAAAUCAACGGCGGGGCACUGAAACAAUGGAGAUAUCUUUUUCUGCUUGAGGGUGCUUGCACCGUGCUUUUUGCAGCUUUCGCAUGGUGGUAUCUGCCUCGAUCUCCUGCUGAAACCAGGUUUUUCAAUGAGGAGGAAAAAGCACUCGCCUACCGCCGCAUCGAGGUCGACUCCAGCUCGGCCAUUAAUGAGAAAAUCAAGUUCCGUGACUCUUUUAAAAUAUUUAGGCAGCCUACUUCUUUUGUUUUCUUGGCGAUAGAAAUUUGUCUUGGUGUUCCGAUUCAGUCUGUUGCGCUUUUCUUGCCUCAAAUUGUUCAGCGUCUCGGGCGUGGCACUGUCACAACUAACCUUUACACAGUUGCUCCAAAUUGUUUUAUGAUCUAUGCUGCCAUUGACGAUGUCAAGGCCCAGUUCAAACUUGCCUACUACGCUUGUUUUAUGAUGACUUGGGGUACUUCGGCACCUUCAGUCUUACUUAGCACCUGGUAUAAUAACAACAUUGCCCACGAAAAUCGUCGCAUUCUUUUGACAUCUAUUGGUGUCCCACUUGCCAACCUCAUGGGCCUCGUCAGCAGCAACAUAUUCCGUGAGAAGGAUGAGCCCAAGUAUAAGCCCGCUUUGGUCAUUACUGGGGUGUUUGGUGCGACCGGCGCGGUGCUGUCAACCGGCCUCGGGCUCUACAUGGCCUGGGACAAUUACCGCCGGAACACGGAGCAGGGAGUUAAAACAGAUGCCCGUGAUAUUCCCACAAGACGUCUCCGAGAUGGCCCCGACUCUCCAGAAUUCAGGUGGUUUCUGUAA